AUGAAUAGUGAGGAUUUAGAGGAUCAUUCUGAAGUAUGGUCUAAAGUAAUAGCACCUGAACUUGACAUCAUAGUUGCCACAUCAUCCAGUAAGAUAUUAGAUGGUGCAAUGCUAGAAAUAAACACUGCAUUGAAGUCAAAGGAUGGAGCAAAUUUAAGUGUUACAAACGUUGAAGUUAUGUGUCUUACCGUGUUCAGGGCACUUUCUCAAUGCCCGUUUAAUCUGCAACUUCGCAGUCAAACCAUUCAAAUGUUUUCCAUUAUUCUAUCUUUAAAUUUCGAAGUUUAUUCCUCCAAACUUUGCAAAUUUUUGCGGGCAUUAUCAACGAGAAAUAGCGCUCCAAGUGAGGAAAUUAUGUUGAUUGAAUGGACUGCUUUUAUUGCUGGGGUUCUUGCAUCGAAGGAUGAUCUCAAAGAUAUAACCACUGAACUUAUCCCCGCAACAAUCAAUCUGUUUAACAAUAUGUCUACACAUUUUGGGGAAGGAUAUCACAGGGAUCAGCAUAAAAGACGCCUUUUUACCAAAUUUGUCGCAGAAUCACGCUUAUUUUAUGAAGCAAUUUUAACAAAACAGCCCGAUUCGACUUCACUGUUGGUGUGCACAAUAAUGGAAGACCGGACUUCCGUGAAUGGUAGGGAUGCACAGAUUGGCUUCUUAUCGAGUGUUUGCAGAUCCUUAAAGCUUAUGGAAAACAAACCAAAACCGUUCCAAGAUCUCUCUGGAUUAUCACAAAGAGUUAUUGAUUGGUUCGUCAAUUCUACCCUUGAACAAAAGAAUAAUGUUACCUAUCCUUCUAUUGAAUUAUUCGGAGAAUUUGUUAGUACUUUUGUGGACGAGCAACUUUUUGUCGAAAUUUUGUCUGGCCUACAAAAAUCUUCAUUGAGAAGUUCGGAAUUAACUUACACAGUUUUUGCUCCAUCCUUGAUGAAAUCUAUCGAUUCAUCCAGAUUCGAUACAGUUCAAUUAGUGGUUAAAAGUAAGUUCUUUCAAUCGUUAAUAUCAUCAUUGAAGUCAUCUAGAGACACUGUGAAAGCUGGUUCUGCGAAGGUGCUUUCCAUUUUAGCCUCGAAAAUUACAAAAGAAUCGAAUCUUGAGUCAGUCGAUACAUUGAUAACAAAAUUACUUUCGGCAUUAAAAUCAUUGUCCGCAACUGCAACUGAACAAAAGAUAUUGAUUUCUCAAGUUCUUACUUCCAUUCCGGAAGGAAUUGCACAACAGGAAAAUCAGAUGAUCAUAAAUGGGGUUUUACCUUUGUUGGCCAAAGAUAGUCACGAAGAAUCGUUAUCAGCAUAUUUGAGGUUGGUGUUUAAAUUUGUCAGUAAAUCCGUGUAUGGUACCGAUGACCAGCAGUUGACGAAAAAAAUUGACGAUGUUAUCAAGAAUGGGCUACAAGACAGAAGAUUAGGGCUUCGUUCGUGUUGGGUUUCCUCACUUGCUGAAAAUUUACUCCUUACGAGUGACAAUAGUGAUUUUUACAAGUUAAUUACUGAUGAUGUAUUGCGUUUACUAUCAAAGAUCAUUAUCGAUUGUUGUAAGUCGCCACUGUCUAGUGUGACCAAUGACUUAAUUUUGGGUGGAUAUUCCGCUAUCUGGAUGCUUGAAGUCCUAAAAUCAACUUCCGAAAACAAAAUAAUUGGAAACCGUGUUGAUAAAUUGAACUUUUUAGAGCCGGUGAUAUCCUUGAAAAAUGAUUUUAAGAAGCCAAAUAUAUUGGGCCUGGGUAUAUUAAAAAAAAUCACAACGGAAAAGACGCAGAAGUGGUUUAUUCUGGCGUUGCUUUCCAUUUUUAAAGAUAUGACCUCUGUAGAUGAGGAAUUUGGCUUUUCGUUCCUAUAUUUGUGCACAUCAAGGUGUGCCAUAGGAAAAAAUCAUUUUUAUGCAUGCAAUUACUUACAUAAGGCAGUCGUUGAAAAUCAGGAUAUUGUUUCCCAGUCUUGUCUUUUGGCCUUGAACAAAUUUAUUUCUAACCCCAAACAAAAUAUACCGUUCCGUAUGGAUUAUCACUAUUUCCAUGACUUUAUUUUUUCUUUGACAAAACCUUUUGCUCAUAUGAACAAGGAAAUUUUGAAUAAGACUCUUGUUGAUCUUUUGAUUCCAUGCCACUAUCAUGGCUUUAAGUCCAUUGGAAACGGCUGGGCAGGAAUUUGUCAGUCCUGUAAAGUGGAUCCAGGUAAAUUGGUUACCUCAUAUGCAAACUCUAUGGUGGAAAAACUAUGUGAUUGUCUAGCCAAUACUGAUUCAUCACCGGAAAUUUACUCUGCUGCCUGCGAUGCCGUUGCUACAAUCUCGUUUGUUUCACCAAAUUCUUCAAUACCAUUGCUUAGUGAAAUAAUUAAGGCUGAUUUGAAUGUGGUAAGUAAUCUGAGUAUCAAUGACGAAACAUUUGCAAUUUGGAAAGGCAAGGAUGGAGUUUUGGCCAUAGACGUUUUAAAGAAGAAUAAUUCGCAGAAGAUGGAGCUUCGUAAGAAUACAAAGGAUUAUGAAAUCUUGAAAUGGGAGCAACAAGUUCGUGAGGAGGUGGCCACAAAGCAAAAAGGGACAAAGAAAGUUUCCAAGGAGGAUGCGAAACUUAUCGCACAAGAGCUUGAACGCGAAGCGAAUCUUAGGGCUUCUAUAAAUGCAGAUUAUCUACGGUUGAAAAGGGGACUUUCCAUUGUGAUAUCGUUGUCUACAGAAGCUAAGCAGGUGGACAAUAAUUCCCAAAUAUGGUUCCCUGUUGCAAUAUCGCACAUAUUGAAACUAUUAGAAUCGGAUUCCGCUAAAAGAUGUAUUGGUGAUCUUGCAAAGGAGUGCUUUUUGACAAUGUCAGAGGCUUUGGAGGCCACAGGAUUAACUGGCGUUUCUUCUCUUAAAUGGAUCGGGGCUUCUACUUUAAGAUCGUAUGGAGUUAAACUCGAUAUGCCUCUAUACGAAUCUAGAAAUCUUACUGAGCUAGUCGGCUCACAACUUUUCAGUUUAAAAAUAUCUUCUGAAAAAGCGCAGCUUUCCUCAUUAGUGCUAAUGUACAUUCUUCCAUUACUAAUUAAGACAUUGAAUAUUGGCACAAAGUUUUUGAAGAGACAAAAUACGAAGGUAGAAUUACUGAAGGAUGAGGAUUUUGUUGAUGAAUCCCCUGAGGAGGAACAAUUGGCAUUGGCAUUAUCCAUCAUUGCAACAAAUAGCGAUUCAUUCGAAGAUAGCACAAUUCCAAGAACAGAUAUUCUCAAUAUCCUUAUUCGCUUGUUGGCGAUUCCCUCUCAUUCCCAUCAGGCCAAGGACUGCUUUAUUCCCUUUUCUCGGAGUAUUGCUGUCGAUAUAUCGGAUGAUGAUCUAAACAUUAUCUUGAAAGCAUGCAUUCACGAAUCCUCAUUUGUGAGGGGAACUGUUUUAAAUGGGUUGGAUCAGGAGUAUGACCUUUCCGAAAGAAAGCCUAUUAAGGAAAUAUGGAUUGCGUGCUUUGACUGUGAAGAGCCACACAGACUAAUAGCUAAUACCAUAUGGGAGGAAAGCCAUUUUGCAUUGAAUGCUUCUUUCGCAAAUAAUAUAUUGCCAUUUUUAAAAGCCGCAUCACAGAAAAUUAGAAUUUCUGUUGCUGAAUCAAUUGCAAUGGCAGUGAAGAGGAUAAACAAGGAUAAAGCUUUUUGUGAGAUUCUUCUUAAGCUUUUGGACCUCUAUCGGAUAAAGUCAAAACCAUUGGAACUUCCUAAAGAUGAGUUUGGGUUGGUAAUAAGUAACGAACUUCCAUCUGACUCAUGGGAAGAAAGGAGCGGUGUUGCAUUGACAAUAAAGUUUUUGGCUCCCCUAUUUAGCGAGAAAGCAGACGUCGAGAUGCUUUUUCACUUUUUAGUUGAUGAAGCUGCUUUGGCGGAUAGAAAUGAUGAAGUUAAGCAAGAAAUGAAGGACGCAGGCAUGGCAGUGAUUAAUGCGCACGGAAAAUCAAAUGUUGAAGUAUUGAUUCCAAUUUUGGAGGAUGGUCUAUCUUCGAAGUUUGACAAUACGGAUGUCCAGGAUCGAUUGAAAGAAGGUGUUAUCGUUUUAUAUGGAAAUUUGGCCCAUCAUUUGGAUGAAAAAGAUCAUCGUAGGAAGGAAAUCGUUUCUAGGCUUCUAGAAGCAUUAAAAACUCCAUCUGAAGAGGUCCAAUUUGCUAUAUCACAGUGCAUUUCUCCUCUUGUUGGGUCCAUUGAGAAUGAACUUUCUGAAUACCUAGGAAAACUUUUUGACGUUCUUUACAAUGGCAAGAAUUUGGCCGAAAGAAAGGGUGCAGCUUAUGGAAUUGCUGGUUUGGCAAAAGGUGGUGGCUUAAAGACUCUUUCCGGAUUUGAUAUUAUCUCAAACCUUGAGGAUGCAUCAGAUGAUAAGUCAACGGCUAAAAAGAGGGAAGGAGUCAUGUUUGCAAUUGAAUGCUUAUCAGAGUCUUUUGGGUCAAUAUUUGAGCCGUAUGUGCUUGAAUUGCUACCUAUAGUUUUAAAGAGCUUUGGAGAUUCAUCGUCGGAUGUCAGAAAAGCUACAAGUCAUGCUGCAAGGGAAAUCAUGAAAAAUACCACAAGUUAUGGAAUCCAGAAAUUAAUUCCUAUAGCUAUUGAAAACUUGCAAGAUAUCUCAUGGAGAGCAAAGAAGGGAUCCGUUCAAUUACUUGGUUCGAUGGCAUAUUUAGACCCAGCUCAACUUUCUUCGUCGUUACCCAAGAUCGUUCCAGAGAUUGUUGGAGUUAUGAAUGACUCUCAUAAGGAGGUUAGGAAAUCUGCUGACCGGGCACUUAAGAAGUUUGGUGAGGUGAUUAGAAACCCAGAGAUCAAAGCAAUUGUUCCGGAACUUAUGAAUGCAAUAGGCGACCCUACCAAGUAUACAACUGCUGCAUUGGAUAGUCUCAUCAACACCCAAUUUGUUCAUUACAUCGAUGGCCCUUCAAUGGCCUUAAUUAUUCAUGUUAUAGACAGAGGAAUGCACGAUAGGUCUGCGGCUACAAAAAAGAAGGCAUCACAGAUUAUUGGUAACAUGUCCAUAUUGGUUGAUAUCAGAGAUCUACUGCCAUACCUUCCAAAACUCCUUUCUGAACUUCAGGAUUCAAUUGUUGACCCGGUUCCACAAACGAGGGCUACUGCUGCCAGAGCCCUUGGCACAUUGGUCGAGAGAUUAGGCGAGGAAAGGUUCCCAGGAUUAGUCUCAAAACUUUUGUUGGCAUUGAAGGACCAUGAAAGACCGGCAGAUCGGAUGGGAUCUGCUCAAGCGUUAGCUGAAGUUAUCAGGGGUCUUGGAAUCUCCAAGUUGGAUGAGUUACUUCCAGAAAUUCUUAGUGAAGCACGCUCUUCGGAUGCUUAUGUCUGUGAAGGUUAUCUUCCUAUGCUUUUAUUCCUUCCUGCUUGCUUUGGAAACCAAUUCUCUCCAUAUUUGUCAAGAACAAUUCCGAUUGUGCUUAAUGGCUUAGCAAAUUCCGAUAGCAGCAUACGUGAUAUUGCCUUGAAGGCAGGUAGGUUAAUUGUCUCCAGUUAUGCUAAUAAGGCAAUCGAUUUGCUUCUUCCUGAGUUAGAGAAAGGAAUGUCGGAUGAUAACGAUCGUAUUAGAUUAUCUUCCGUGGAACUUACAGGUGAUCUUUUGUUCAAGAUUAGUGGUAUUAGUGGUAACCAGGCUCUUUCCGAAGAUCCGACGAUUUUGAAUAGCGUUGUCAAGGCAUUCAACGAGGUUUUGGGUGAAGAAAGAAGAGAUCACAUUUUGUCAGCCUUGUUUAUUUGUCGGUCUGAUACUUAUGGUGCCGUCAGAAUUGGUUCGGCUAAUAUUUGGAAGGCAUUAGUUGCAAAUACACCAAGAACUAUCAAGAAAAUCAUGCCAUCACUUAUCCAACUCAUUGUUUGUCGUUUGGCCUCACCUGUUGAAGAACAGAGAAAUAUCGCUGCCGCAGCUUUGGGUGAUAUGGCAAAGAGGGCCGGCAGUAAUGCAUUAUCGGUGCUACUUCCAACAUUGGAAAAAUCACUUAUUACUAGUGAUUCCGAUGCCAAACAAGGUAUUUGCAUUGCACUUCGGGAACUUAUUGAAUCUAGUGCUCCAGAGACAAUUUCACAAUACAGCAGUAUGCUUGUGCGUAUUGUUCGUUCAGCUCUUACGGAUGCUAACCCAGACGUUAGAACAGCAGCAGCACAAGCUUUCGAUGCUUUACAAGGAUCGAUCGGACAUUCUGCAGUUGAUGACAUUAUUCCAGAAUUACUUGAAAGGCUUGGAGACGAGGAACAGUAUUCUGAUGCACUUUCUGCAUUGGAAGAAAUUAUGGCUAAGGAGUCCAAUGUCGUUUUCCCUGUUCUUAUUCCAGCAUUAUUAAGGCCUCCUAUUAAGGCCAAAGCACUCGGCUCAUUGGCACAAUUUGCAGGUAGAGCAUUAUACAGUAAGCUUUCGUUGAUAUUUGACUCGUUAAUUAAUGCAAUUCUAGAGGAACAGGGCGAUCGUACGGAGCUUACAUCCGCAUUGUCAUCUAUCACGUUGUCUAUUAAUGAUGAUGAAGGAUGCUAUCCUCUCAUGCAACAAAUAAUGGGCUUAAUGAGGGACGAAGAGCAUGAAAAGCAGGCAAUCGCCUAUGAAAUUCUACCAGAAUUAUUCUCAAAUUCUAAGCUAAACUAUUCCGCUUAUGUUAACGAUAUAGUGGUUCAGUGCAUUUAUGCUCUUGACGAUGAUGACAAAUCUGUGUCGAAGAACAGCUUUUUAUCUCUAUCUGCGUUGAUUCCAAAACUUUCUAAGAAUCAGCUUGAACAAUUAGUUGAGCCUGCAGAACAAACCCUUUCUUUGAUUGGAAAAGGAAAGGACGAGAUGUAUGCCUUUUCGCAACCAAGAGGUCCUAACUGUUUGCUUCCAAUAUUCCUUCGUGGUUUGAUGUAUGGGGAUAAUCAUAGAAGAGAGUUGUCAGCUAACGGUAUAGCUUUCAUUGUUAAGCACACACCCGCAGCUCAAUUAAGACCAUUUGUUACCAUAAUUGUUGGUCCGUUAAUUAGGGUCAUAGGUGAAAGAUUUUCGGGAGAUGUCAAGAGUGCUAUUUUGUUGGCCCUCAACCUUUUCUUUGACAAGAUUCCACAGUUCUUACGUCCAUUUAUCCCACAACUUCAAAGAACAUUCAUAAAAUCAUUGGAGGAUGCUUCUAACGAACUAUUGAGGACGAGAGCUGCCAAAGCCUUAGGCACUUUGAUCAAAUAUCAGCCAAGAGUGGAUCCGUUGAUCUUGGAGCUUUUGAAUUGCGCAAAGAUUGCUGGCAGUGAAAACAUUGGAACUCAAACAUCUAUAUUGCAAGCACUUUUAGAGGUCGUUGAUAAGGCUGGAUCUAAAAUGAGUGAGAAAUCUAAAAGUGGGGUUAUCACUCUUGUGGAAAAUGAAGUUUUCAAAGAAAAUGUUGGAGAAGAUACGGUAGUUUCGUACGCAAGAUUGACCGGAUGUUUAUCAAAGAUUCUAACUACCGAAGAGACUAUAAACAUGGUCAAGGGAAAAGUGCUUCAUGCUGAAAUGAGUGACUCCAAUUCAUCUAGAUUUGCAAUUCUUGUGUUAAACGCCUUUUUAAAGGAUUCUCCAAAAAGUAUUGUCGAUAGCGGCUUAUUUGAGGAAACCUGCUCAUUCCUAAUUAGAGCAUCUCAGUCUACCAUUCAAUAUGUUUCGGAUAACGCAACGAUUGCAAUAGGAAAAUUAUUGCUUGGAAUCAAAAAUUUGUCUGAUAGCGAUGAAUACGAGGAGAGUAUCGAGAAUUUAGUUGAACAACUUUGCAUUUUGACCGAUAAGCCGGCGUCCCAAUCGAUGGAUACUCGUCGUUUAAGCUUAGUUGUCAUUCGUACGAUAUGUCGUUAUGAUUAUGAAACUACCAUUGAGCCAUAUUUGGAUACUUUAAUUCCUUCAGUGUUCGCAUGCGUUCGAGAUUCAAUGAUUCCUAUCAAAUUAGCUGCUGAAAAAUGUCUUUUGGCUCUUACCAAAUUGGUCGAAGAUCCAUCAAAUAAGGUCUUUAUCUCAUGGAUGGAGGGAAGAAACUCUACUGAUAAAGUAAAAACUGCGACAGGAAAAGAAAUACAAAUAAGAUCAAUUUCUGAAUACAUAAAACGAGUUGGUUCAAGACUUGCAAAAGUCGAGCGUGAGAGAUUGGCAGCUGGUGGUGACAGAGAGGCCAUGUUUUCAGAUCAAUUUGAAGAUGAAAGAGAAAUAUGGGCUGUUGGUGGCGUUGACCUAAGAAAGGAAUAA